UGCGUGCAGAGUCCUAAUGGCAACUCUAGCAGCUUGGGGGAUACUCUUCCUAAUAUUUGCAUCCUGUGUUGGGACUAAAACCCAGCUGCCUGAAGAGGUUGUUGUUGAAUCUCAGGUGGAUUGCCCAUUCAAACUGGACAUGGCUCUAAACUCUGUUGAUGACAUGUACGAUGGCUGUGAAACAGAGAUGCAGAACCGUACACUGGAAAAGUAUUUACAAGAGGAGCAAAACAACACGAACUUCGAAAAAGCCUGGGAAGCAGCAGAAAUAUAUUACAACAAUAGCUUGUGGAACGAAUCACAGCUAAGCAAAAACCAAAUCAAGGCUCUUCAUGCUUACACCCUUAGCAGACCACAAUUAUAUCAAGAAUUCAACAAAGCAGUCCGUGAACAAAAGGCUCAGUACCAAACUGAUUUUCAUUAUCACACACUUCACUUCUAUCUUACCAUGGCCCUGCGCUCCCUCAAAUACGGUUCAAAAGAAUGUGUCACGAGUUACCGGAGAACACCUUGCAAAUUCCAAAAAGAUGUUGUUAAUAAAAAAAUUCGCUUUGGUUUCUUUACCUCUAGUUCAAUAGGUGGCUAUAGCGACGAAGUGUUUGGUACUGAAUCGUGCUUUGAGAUCUACACCUGCUUUGGAGCAGACAUCUCUCCUUUCUCUAAGUUUGAAAAUGAAAAAGAGGUCCUGAUCCCUCCCUAUGAGGUUUUCAAAGUAACGGAGAUAGAGGAAGAAUCCACCAAGAAACUUCCAUGUAAGGUUGUCUAUAAACUGCGAAGCACAAGAAAAACCCGUUCUUAUCUAAACUGUGACCUCUUCACACAAUGUCUAGUAGGUUAAUAAUGAAAUAUCCAGAAAAGUAGUGCUGUGGAAAGUUAGACAUACUUUGAGUACUUCACUUUCUAUACCAUAAAAAGUAAUCCUGUACCUAUACUGCCAUGCUAUUUCUGUUAAAACCCCAUAGCCUGUCCCACUGAACUGUGCCUUAAACUGAGGCGAGUACGUAGGUCCAUAAAUGCAGACACUCAUAAAAAUUAUUACUUAAAAGUGUCAGUAUAAUCAAUUCAAAUGUGUUGUUUUAUUCUAUAGUGGUUUUAUCAACAGGUUUGUUUUAGAUGUUUAUAUCUAUAGACAGGAAUUAACUCCUGCAGCAGUCAGUUUUACAGCGAAUCUGGAAACAGAAAAAGGCCUAAUGAUUAAAAUAAUAGAGGCUGAAUGGCAAACAAAUAAAUACAAAUAAUUUGUUUGACUUUUUUGUACAACUAUUUGCAAUGUACUGGAAUGCAUAUAUAACUAACACUUAAUCUGACUAUUUAAUUCACAUAAUUUGAAUCUGAAACAAAAUGUAUCUGCUUCUAACUUGUUUGUGUUGUAAAGUGAAAUGGCAUUUGUAUUUGUUAUAUUUUUUUACUUACUUAUAUGUAAUUUCUUUUAAUCUUGAAUAUUUCUGGAAUAUUAAAUAUGAUGUGUUUAUGUUUUUAGACUGUAGCUAAUAAAGCUUUUCAGGACAUCCCAGAAGGAGAAGCUUUGUAACAAGGUUUCUCGGGUGGUCAUGGGUCCCCUUACAAUAAUCAUCUGUAGGGAGCAUAAUAAAAAAAAUCAGUGAAUAAUGCAGAUAUUAGACCAAAGUUUCUCAUUUGAUAUAAGUUUAAAUUAAAACUGCUUCGUUUUUCUUUAAACCACAGUCAAUCUAAAUAGCACAGUAACUCAUCUAAUAUAGGGAGACGUUGAGUUUUCAGAGUUCCCAUCUGAUUUGGUGUUGAAUACUGAGAGUGAUCAUCACUUUAGCAGAUCAUUAUCAGAUAGUGCAGUUAUAAAUUU